UAUUAUUUUAAACUUCAGAAAACGCUUUUGGUUAAUCUGCUAUAUUUUACGGAGCUAUACAUUAUACAGCUCAUAAGCGAAGAAAAAGGAUUCUAUUGAUUCUUUUAGUCGAGAAACUCGCGCAGAGAAUUGUCACGUUUAGUUACGCCUGAGUUGAAUUAAGCACAAUCGUCGUAUUUCUUGAAUUUACCGUUAACCGCGUUUCUACUAAUUGGCACGAGAAACGGCGGAAGAUAAAGAGGGUAGUCAAGACAGAGGACCGAUUCAAGGCGGAGAAAGUGCCAUUUUCAUUCGAUCUGUAGAAACGACCGUUCGUUCGGUCCUUAAAAGUUUCCGAUGGAAUUACUUUAAACAAUAAGAAUAAUAAUACGUAAUAAUUUCUCGAAUGCUAUAAGCAGUCAGGAAAAAUUGUAUCUUUUAAAAGAACACAAUUUUUGGUGAGCUUUUUUCUCCUUCUUCUCUAUCUCUGCCUUUUCAGAGUGAUCGUGCGUUCAUCAUAUCAACGAUAUUGAAAUAGAGAUUUAAGAAGAGAAACGAAAGUAAUGAGCUAAGCGAGUCACAUCCCUCGGGUUAUUUGUUGCUCGAAGAGCAAACGUUACGCAACGAGUAGUCGUGGAAUAAUUGAUUGGUGCUUUCGGGACGUAAAAGCGUGGCGCACUUGUCGGUACCGUUCGAACGGGAAUAACUUUCGCAGUUAUGCUCGGGAUUAAGCGACCGGUAUAUCUCGUGGAAUUAACGCUAACCGCGCUUCUCAUAAUUGGCAACGAAACAGCCGGGAACGAGCACGAAAGUCGGAAACGGGAAGGAAGGGGAAGCCACCGCGGAGAGGUACCUCCGGUCUCACGUUGUACGAGUGAUUGCUCGUAGUGGUUGCUACAAACGUCGGUGGAUUCUUGCGUAAAACGUGAUCAGUCGGAGAUUCUCUCCCUCCCUCCUUCUCUCUCUCUUUCUCUCUCUCUCUCUCUCUCUGUCUUUCUCUUUCUAUUUCCCUCCCUCUCUCCGCAAAACUCGGAACAGAUUUUACAAUAACGUUGUCCUCUUAAAUAUCUUUUGGGAUCCCGCGGAUCUUUUCUUGACGACGUUUAUUAUGCGCCCGCGGUUUUGGUGCAGUGUUUGCCUCAUUCUCUUCACGACAGCGGAACUUACGCAUUCCGGAAGACCAGUCAGGUCCCUGGCUUUCCGUAAAGGCAGCACCUUUUUCUGGAGGUUAAACUACAAGAUAAAUUCUCUACCCUACACGACAAUCUUCGCGCAAGCGGCCGGCUUUAAAGCGGCGUGGGAACUGCCAACUACCGGUGGGCUUCGCAACGUCCGGUCCCUUCCAGACAUCCACAAAUGCGCCGAACUCGUGUACGAAAGUCAUGGCUUCGAUGGUCGUUCUUGCUUGCUAAAAAAUAUCUGCCAGGGAUUAGAAUACGUGAGACGGAAAGACGGUGUUAUAGGAAAGAUAUUGAAGCUCCUCGCGGGGUCGUAUAUUAAUAAUGGUACUUGGCACGAAGAUCCGCUGUUCUGUGAACAUCAUACUAUGAAUUGCCCUUUGCAAUUAGUCGGGUUUAAUAGUUUUACCGAGAACUAACACUGGAGUAUUCCAGAGAGCGAGUUGCAGAGUAAUUAUUUGUUUAUUUAAGGCAAAAUAUGUAGUAAGCGCAUACGGUAUAACAUCGCUUCAUUACAUUAAUAAAAAUAGUAAUUUUUACAAGUUAUAUUCUACGUGUAUUGUUAAUUAAUGAAAAAGCUCAAACCGCCAUUUUUCGAUAUGGCAAAGAAACUAAUUAUUACAAAUGUUGAAAGUUAUUAAUUACAAUAUCGUAAAUAAAUAUGUUAAGAAUAGAACGAUAUUAUUGGAAAAUGAAGUAAAAAUAUAGUUACAUUUAGCGUAAUCUGAAAAAUAUCGUAUCAACGAUUUGAAAGUUAGCAAUCUUUGUAGCAAAUUUUAUUUUUCAUAUUGGAAUCACGUUACAAAACGAACGUUACAAAAAUGCUCGAGGACCUAGCUCUCUCCCACGAUGGUACCUACAGUUAUCACUAGAUGACAUUAUGAGAAAUGACAGCGGCUAAUGAAACAUUUGUCAUGCAGCAAAACCGCACUCGAAUUAUUACGGGAAACCAGACGUGGCAAGUAGUAAAAUAUGAUGAUACGUCAGCUGACUAAAUGUAGUAAAAAUACACGUUUAGCUAAAAGGCCAGGAAGGAGAAUGCUCAGAAGUGAAACGUGAAAUUACAAAAAAUAAACGAAAGGAUAUUUCUGAGCGUUAUAUACAGCUCCAGGCAUUAUUAAUUUGUCCUUGUAAUGACACUAAAAAAUUUCUCGUUUUGUGCAUUAUUAUUCUCUCUCUCUCUCUCUCUCUCUCUCUCUCUCUCUCUCUCUCUCUCUCUCUUUCGUCUCCGCUUGUCACAUCCUGCGGCAGCACGAUUAUAAUUGCUACUCGGGGGUUGCGCUAUUCCGGUCCCAACGAAAAGCAUUAAUUUGAACUAUCACGCGACUAUCUAGCAAUUAAAAAAAUCCUCUUGCACUUUGUGUGCGCUAUUUGCCAGUGCAAACAUUAUUCAGGAGUCAAGCUACAUUCGCUGUCACUACAAUUACACUAAUGAGACAAACUCACAGUAUCUAACUCUAUAAUGUAAUAGAAUACUCAUACUCAGACAUAUGUAAUGAUAAAAAUGAUUUAAAAGGUGCAAGUCUUCAAGUUAAUGUCAAUAUUUUUUAAAUUUAGUUCUGCCGGUUAGUGAUCUUACCACGCUUUAAAAUAAUCCUAAAUUAAUAUCUUGAUUUAAUGUGCGACUGACAUAUGACUCCGAUAAUGCUUUAUUCGUAUUUUUAUGCCUCGUGUAAUUACGCAAAAAAUGUUCCGUUUAAAAUACACAUCUUUGUUGCAUUGCUUUUAUGAAAUUGUGUAGUAACAAGAGAAGACCUUUUUCUCUCUUUCUGUAAAUGCAUAUUUUUAAUUGCCGUGCAUUGUUGCCCGACGAUAGGUCCCGCGACACAGUCUAUUUCAUUAUAAACGAAUACGGCGUUGUAAUAAGACCGCUUUAUUAGCACGUAAAUGAAUUCGCGAUGUAAUUAUUUCGUGCUCGGCUCGUGGUAGGGCGCCGUAUUGAAAUAAGGACGUCAAAGGUGGGUCCAUCGGCGCAAGUUUUAACGAUCGACAAUAUGAAUUGUUAAUUUUGUGCAUCGGGCUACCGACGCUUUUUAUAGAACGGAAUUCUUCGCUUUAUUUUUCUCCCCGAUAACUAUUUUUGAGCAUUAACGAGGGUAAUUGAACGAUACAGGUAAUAGAAACAUCGAAGUGCGCUGAAACUUUUAUUAUAAAACAAUCAAUUUCUAAUGCGGAUAUAACUCCCUUGGGUGUGUCAUAUUAUACUUCUAUUUGUUUGUGUAACGGAAUAUUGGAAGAAUCAUGAUAAUUUUCUCAAUGUACCAAUUCUUUUUCACGCGACAACAACAGUGGAAAGUUGCCAGAGCCGCAGAGGUAACUCAAAAGGGAUUUCGAAGGCGAAUAUAUUCGCAGGAAUAUAUAUUCGCAAGUGGAAAGAAAGAGAAAAAAAUUUGAGAAUGAUUCGCAUAGAUAAUGUUGACAUUACGGGAUGAGACUCAGUUGCGUGCUACGAUAAAAUACUCCGUUGAGAGUAUCAUUGACAACGUUGGGGAUCGAUAAGCGGAGGAGGGGAAGAUGGUAAAGGAAUUUCCCCCUCGCGCUCCCUCCGCGGCAGUUUGCGUGCCACAAUCGCGGUAACUUCUAUUAUGUAUGUACGUUGCAAGUGUGCGUUUCCACGUUUAUUCCCUGCGGGCCCGUCUCGUUCGCGCUCAGGCGUCCGUUGGGACCCGACGACCCCUCGAUGUAAAAUCAAUUCGCGACGAGCGAUAAUCGCAUGCAGAAUGGCACACGCGAUGAUGCGUCAGGCCGCCCUCUUCUUCCUCGCGCUCUCUUAAAUCGCAAUUCUCGACUCCGCGCGUUCUCCCAACGGACGGCUGUCGCCGAGAUUGUCGCACAUUCCGGUGGAGAACGCGAUAUAAUUGCGUCUGUCGGCUCCCGGUGGGCCGCGCGUUAACGAAAAGCAUUAAUUUAGAAUGCGCCGCGGUUUUCUUGUUGGCCGCGCGCACAACUCCCGUAUGCAAUUAACGGACUGCUCGUACCGGCGUGCACCUUCGCCGCAAUACAGGGCACAAGGGUAGCCGAAGAAUUAAAAAAAAAAAAAAAAAAAAAA